UGAAACAGUUAAGUUUAAUAUUUAAACAUGGAGUGUAUGGAGUAUGAAUAUAAUGCGAUAAAAGUGAAAACUUAUAUUGUAGAUUGUGAGUGUAUUGAGAGGUUUUUAUAUAUUGAACCUGUAAUAAAAUUUAGUGAUAUUCUUAAGAAAGUUUCGGAAAAAAAAUAUGUUGGCUGUACAACUAUUACAUUUGUUUUUUCACUACUUUGUUCUUGUAAUAUGGAUAAGCAAUUGGAGAAGCUAUAUGAAGCUAUCAACAGCAAUGAACAUCUCAAAUAUGUAACUAAAAUCAUACUAUUGUGUUCACAUUUGAUGUCAAAUUUCUCUAGUUUUGCAAGGCCACCGCCGCUAUCAGCUAUCGAAAAUGGUACCAGCGAGACCCACAGUUUAGAGGACCAAAAUACAAGUCAAACCGAUGAAAUUAUUACAAUACAAAACGAUGUACGAUUUAAAGAGAAACUAACGAAAUGUUUUAAAAACACUAAUUCUCGGAACCUUCCACCAGUUGAUAAUCUUAUUUUAAUACAAUGUGAAAGCAUAACCUGUGGUGUAGUUGAUCAAAAUAAUCCAACGAUGUUUCCUUUUAUGUUUUUUACUCAGUUGAUUACACAUGGUGAACAGAAAAGCAUACAAGAAAUAGUGAAGAUUUUAAAAGAAGAUUGGGGUGUAAUUAAAUAUAAAGAAUCCGCUUUAGGAUAUAUACUGUACUCUCUAACCACUACAACUGAGAAUUUGUAUUAUUACAACAUCAAUCCAGCAUUAGUUAUUAUUAUAAAUCAUAUGAAUUUUGAGCAAUUCACUAUAAGAUCUGAAAGCAUAAACGAUAUCGAACGAUUACGAGAAGCUUUCAAAAGCAAAAAAAUUCCGUUCAUUAUUUUAAAAGAUGGCAGUGCAGAAGAAGUGAAAUCUAUUAUGUCCAAAGUGAGAAGAUUUAAUUUUACAGGAUUGAAAAAUUUAUAUAUUGUAGUAAUGUCACAUGGUGGUAAAGAUGAUAUAAUCCAUACGAAAACUGAUACAUAUAAUAUCAAGGAUACUGUUUUCAAUGCCAUAAUGUCUAAUAAAACACUUAAAUAUACAGAAAAAUUUGUACUUAUCAAUGCAUGUCGAGGUAAUUAUGAUGCUCGUUACGAUGAUGAUGACUUGGUAACGGAAGAAACUGAUAUAAGUAAUCAUGAUGAGACAAUAUCAACAAUUUAUAGUUCUCAGAAAGGUGCAAAGUCGUAUAGGUCAAAGGAUGGUGCGCAUGUUGUACAGAGAUUCUGUGAAGAAUUCGAAACUCCAUUUAUGAAUCUUUCAAUAAACGAACUCGCUGAAACAAUAGAAACAAAAUCAAAACUUAAAAUGGGUUUGGAUUCUAAGAUGACAGAGUAUUGUGUUAAACCAGGAACAAGUCAUAACUUUGUAAUGAAGUUUACAAACUAUUCGGAAAUCUUAAGUACUUAUAGAGAAUUACGCAAAACUUUAUAUGAUGAGGAAAAUGAAAAUAAAAAUAAUUAAAUAAAUUUUGUUUAAAGUCUUCGAAUAUAA